AUGGGUCUCGUCAACCGCCCGAACAAGGUGCCCCAGUUCCAGCGCCAAUACCAGGCGGCCUACCGGGCGCACACACGCCUUUGGAUGAUCAACCCCCGCAGCAAAUACCUGUGGUAUCCGUAUCAGCUCAUCUUGUGGGGGGGCUUCGCUGCUUCCAUGUACGGCAUGGGCCGCAAAAUCUACGGAAAGAACACUUGGUUCAGCGACUAA